GAUCGACCGGAAUGCCAAAUGAAGCGGGAGUACUCAUUUGAGGGCCGGCAGGUUUUGUCGUGUGAGGCCCAGUCCAAUCCGUCUGUGAUCAAUUUCACCUGGUACAAAGGUAAUAGGACAGUGAGCGAGGUGGCCAGCACCAUGGGUACAGGGGCUGAUGGUGGUGGUGAUGUAGGGGCGGCACUGGUAGGCAGCAAACAGUCGACUGUACUGGUGCUCGCGGAUAAUGAUGUGGAAAGUUAUUACUGUAUCGCCACGAACCAGAUUGGCGCAUCCCAGCCCUGUAAGCUACAUGUCCAACAGAUUGCCAGUGCACCGUCAGGUUGGGUACAGACCCUGUUAGCCGAUGAAAACCUUAUAAUAGUAGCCGCCUGUGCCGGGGCAGUCGUUUUCCUAAUCGCCUCGAGUCUCGUAAUACUCGUCAUAUGCGGCGCCAAACGGCGUCUCAAACGGCUUCCCCACGGCCUCAACGGCGGACUCCACGGCCGCCUACCGGACCUCAACGGCGGUGCCGGCGCUCUGGUUGCCGGCGCCAACGGUCUGUCCCAAUACGCGUCGACUCAACCCUUCAACCGGUUCUCGACGACCAACUCGAGCACCAUUAGCUCCGUACACAGUAAUAGCGGCACCGGUAGGCAAAAGUCGGCGUCGUUUGCCUUAAUUAAUCAGUUGCCGAUUCUGGAGGAGAGAUCGAUGCGUAACGGCCGGUGCACCGCCCUAUCCAUCCACGACAUGGACUACCACCACAAUACCGGUGCCAAUAUAUACACACCACAGAAAUCACCGCUAAUUUCAUCAUCCAUGUCCCAAUGCGUACAACUGUCCACCACCUCCCAGCCCGAUGGCAGUCCCCUAUUGUGUUCAGACGACUACCGGAGCGAUUUGGACGACGAGGAGGGAGAGGUAUCUCCAGCCACACCCAUGACCUCCAGCACCGAGUCGGUUGAGCACCACUUUUAUGAGCGACCCCUACAUUACGCACCGCCACCUAAACACAAUACCAUUCAUUAUAAUAUACCGCCGCCCAGACCGCCACCCCCUCCCACACUGGGAGGGCCGGUGUAUCAGGAGGUGAACUCCCGGCCCCACACGGGCACGGGUCAGAGGUUACGACAUUAUAGCUAUAGUCAGUCGAGAGAUAACUUUGAUUACGAUUAUGACUAUCAGUUGAGAUAAGAAUCCGCAGAAUAUUCUGUAUAUUCUGUGUAUGUAUUUGUAUAUGAAAAAUGUGAGAUUUUUUCUAUUAGUGCGAGA